AUGGACAAUGGGACAGGCUGUGUGCUCAAGGGCAGCUCGCAGAGAAUGGACAGUGGCACAGGCUGUGUGCUCAGGGGCAGCUCGCAGAGAAUGGACAGUGGCACAGGCUGUGUGCUCAGGGGCAGCUCGGAGAGGAUGGAGAACGCUGCCAAGAGGAGGCUGGCUGCCAACGCCCGCGAGCGGCGCCGCAUGCAGGGGCUCAACACGGCCUUCGACCGCCUGAGGAAGGUGGUGCCGCAGUGGGGCCAGGACAAGAAGCUGUCCAAGUACGAGACCCUGCAGAUGGCCCUGAGCUACAUCAUGGCUCUGACCAGGAUCCUGGCCGAGGCCGAGCGCUUCAGCAGCGAGCGGGAGUGGCUCAGCCUGCACUGUGAGCGCUUCCACGGGGACGGCUGCCGCCAGUACCCGGCUCAGAGAGCCGCGGCCGACAGCGACCCGUACGCGCACAGGCUGUUCAGCUACCACCCCGAGCACUUCCAGAUUGCCAACUAGAGCCUCUGACAGCGUGCAGCAGGCCAGACGUGUUAUUGAAUAGUUAGCAAGAGUUAAUCUGCUUGACUAAGGUAAUAUUGGCAUUGUAAUAGCUCAUUCUUAAUUUGCUCUCAGAGCAUAAACUCAAAAGAUCAUAAAGUCAUAAAUUCAAUGACUGAAUUUAUU